GAAACAAAACAGUUCGGCGUCCAAUCAUCUCGAUGCCGGAAGUGGAAUUCAUCUUAGCAUGUGGGAUUUUAGCACAGGUUUAUCUAUUUAUUAUUUGGAAUUUUAAUUAAAUUAUUUGAAACCUCAAUUCAUCGAAACGAUUUUACAGUAUGGUGUCAUUCGUCAAAGUAUGUAUCAUAUGAGAAGCUAAACUUAAAUAAUAAAUACUGACGUCUCUGUUACGGGUUUACCGAGACGUUAAACGAAUUUACCAGUAACUAAAGAGACCAUUUUGACAAUGAUUAUAAUAUCUUGAUACAAGUUGCUGUCGCGAUGGCACCUCUGCUCAACCAAGUUUCGAAUUUAACUAAACAAACUGGUUUAGCACAGGUAAUGAGGUUAUGCUGCAGUAAGCCUCUUCAGUGGAACAAACCUGACAGCUUUCUGUGGCCAAGAAACACAACCAUAGUUCAAACAGGGAACACUAAGACAAGUAAAGGAAAGAAAACAUAUCAAAGUAUCGAAGGUUCGAGGUACCUGUCGAGCAGAGCUUCACUUCUACAUGGAAAUGUACGAGUAAAAAGAGUUUCAAUCGAAGGCAACGUUGCUGUUGGAAAGUCGACCUUGGCUGAAAUUUUGCAGUCAGCGUGUUCAGACUGGGAGGUAAUGGCUGAACCAGUCCAAAAGUGGCAGAACAUAGAGAAUGAAACAGCAAAGGCUGAAGAAUCGUCUCAGAACAGAGUCCACAACCUGCUGCAGAUGAUGUACCAGGAUCCUCAGCGUUGGUCGUACACAUUUCAGACCUUUUCAUGUAUGAGUCGUUUAAGAACUCAGCUGCAGCCUGCUCCUGCUCGCCUGCUCUGCUCAAAGGGAACACCUGUCCAGGUGUUUGAACGCUCAGUGUACAGUGACAGGUACAUAUUUGCCCUCAACAUGUUCGAGCUUGGAUGCAUCAACUCCACAGAGUGGGCAGUCUACCAGGACUGGCACUCCUUUCUGGUGGAGCAGCUUGGACAUCAGGUGGAGCUGGAGGGUAUUAUCUACCUCAGAGCCUCACCAGAGACAUGUAUGGAGCGACUGCAGCAUCGUGGUCGGUCAGAAGAGCAAGGAGUGAAGCUGGAUUACCUGGAGACACUUCAUCUUCAACAUGAGCGGUGGCUUAUUGAGAAGAGUACACCAAUACAUUUUGAGAAGUUACAAAAAAUACCUGUGCUGUAUCUCGACGCCACUGUGAAAUUCCAGAGUGACCCUGAGGUGCAGGAGCAGCUUGUUACAAAGGUGAAGAACUUUUUUGAGGCUUUGUAAGAAAAGAGUCAUCAGCUGUGAACAACGAGAAGACAAGAAAAACAUCAGUUAGUCGUGUAUGUUGACUCAAUUGGGAAUGCCAUAAAAGUUAAUCAAAAUCACAGAUGUAGGAAGUUUUAUCACACUUGAGUUGUUAGUACUGUUGUUAGUACUGUUUCUUAAAAUGUGUUUUAUUUGUUAAACUCGUUUCAUCAUCUGAUACUAGGACUAGUUCUGAUAUAGAAUCACAUUUUGAAUGCUUGGUAUAGAUUUAAUUGAAAUAUAUAUUUAUGUACUGCAACUGUGACAUGACUACUGUUACAAUUGGGAAACCAAUUUCAUUGUUGACUACAGAAGGUGGUGCAUGGUACUGAAUACAGACAUUCCAGACUGGACUGAUGUUGUAUUUGACUUUUUCUAAUCAUUAGAAA